UGCCACGUGUCAUCAGCCACAAACUCCAUGGAUUUCUCCCCCUUAUUACCAAACCCCCUACCACUUCUCCAUCUUCUUCUUCUUCUUCUUCUUCCUCAUCCUCCUCAAAAUUCAACCAGAAUGAAAAACAGCAAGCAGAACGAACUGUGUGAUUUGUUUCAUAAUCCAUCUAAAGAUGAAAUUGAAGUAGUAGAAAUUCUACUCGAUCUCGAAAAUCUAGUGAGAGAAAGACAAUAUUGUUCGGUAAUUUGGGGUUCUAAGAAAAGGAGAUCUAAUCGACGCAUCGAUUCUUCUUCUUCUCCAGUCGUCAACUCAUCAAGUUCUAUUCAAGGAAGUUCGAAAAUCGAUGAAAACGAAAUUGAACCAAAAAUUAAAGCUGAAGUUACUAGCCCUGCUACUCCUCUUUCAUUUUCCCCAAGUGAAUCUGAUGAAAAAUCCAAACAUUCUUCUCGAAAAAACUAUAAACGAAAGACGAGGGAGGAGUUAGUGGAUAAAAUAAAACAAUUAUCUCAAUGCAGAGAAUCGCUUACAGGGGAAGUGGAGAAUGUUCGUAAUUACUACAACAAUCAAAAAGCUUAUAAUUUGAAGUUGAAAGCAAUGAAAGAAGAGGUAACAAGAAUGGUGAAUUUCCAAGGGGGUGGUGUUAAUUUAGGUCAACUUUACAGUAAUCCUGGAAUAGAGCCCAAUCGUCAACAGCCGUUCAUUAUGGAUCAGGUUGCUUCAAGAUCAGAAGCUUUCCAUAGAUUUCAGUACCCAUUGGGCCAGCUGCAACAGGCCCAGCAUUUGUACUCAAAUGGGUUGGGCCCAGGCCCAAUGGGCCUUCCGGAUCUGAAUGUUACGGUGGACGAGGCUUUCGCAUUGGACCCGUUCGAUAUCGAUAGAAUGAAUGUUGAAAGGAAGGCCCAAUAUGCUGAAGCUAGAAGGAAGAGGAGGAUUAAAAGAAUAGAAAUUAAGAAUUCAUCUGGUUUUAUUAGACCACCAAGGAGGAGAUAGUAGGUAUUUUUUGUAUUUUUGAUCCCUCCAUAGAAUGAUAGUAUUAUUUUUUUGAGCGAUACGGAAGGCCAAUCGAGCAAAGCUCUAUUUUUUUGCUUUCGUCAUGUCGCUAAGUG